GAGAUGCACACAGAGGAAAAAGAACGAGAGAGAGAGAGAGGGAGGGAGAGCUUUUAAGGGAUUUGGCAGUGAUUUGUAGACUCUCACUGCUGUAAUGUUGUGCUGUUUCCUCCACUUUUCUCUGAUUCUGCAAUGAUACUAUAAACUAAAGCUUCAAAAGUCAGUCUUUUCAUUUAGUCUUCAUAUAUCACAACUACUUUUUUUAUUUUUUUUUUAGACAGUUGUUUUCUGUGUGGUGGUUAUUUUUGAGAGUGCACAGCGGCGGUCUGAGAUGAUAGGGGAUUUACUUUUGGCGAGGAGAGGAGAGCCUCUAGAUAUAUAAUCACAUUUCGGACCAUGGAUGGAGGCCUGUUUGGAAGAGCUCAUGUGAUGGAUAAAAUCAAGACUGGUCAAUGAAGAAUGGGCAGGUGUCAGACGUAGAGGGAGUGGCCUGGUGCUGUCAGUACCUCUGCCGGUCAUCAUCAUGACAUCAGAGGCCCGCUCAUCCCAUCAGUGCUGCCGGCUCACUUCACCUUUCAGGUACCAAACAUGGCUUCAGCUGAUGUGGGCGCUGUUGGUGGGUAUCAGCCCAAGCUCAGGGGCCCAGCAGGGCACCCAGCCACAGUCCAUCAAAAUCGAGGGCGACAUCACCUUGGGCGGGCUGUUCCCAGUGCACUCUCGGGGACCUGCUGGGGUGCCCUGUGGGGAGGUCAAGAAAGAAAAGGGGAUCCAUCGAUUGGAGGCCAUGUUGUACGCCUUGGACCAGAUCAAUAGUGACCCGGACCUGCUGCCUAACAUCACUCUGGGGGCCCGGAUCCUUGACACCUGCUCCAGAGACACCUACGCCCUGGAGCAGUCGCUCACCUUUGUCCAGGCACUCAUCCAGAAGGACACCUCAGAUGUGCGCUGCUCAAACGGAGAGCCUCCCAUCAUCCCCAAACCGGAGAGGGUGGUUGGGGUGAUUGGGGCGUCUGGCAGUUCGGUGUCCAUCAUGGUGGCCAAUGUGCUCAGAUUGUUUGCGAUUCCCCAGAUCAGCUAUGCCUCCACUGCCCCGGAGCUGAGCGACAACAGCCGCUAUGAAUUCUUCUCCCGUGUGGUGCCUCCUGAUUCCUACCAGGCCCAGGCUAUGGUGGACAUAGUCAAAGCCAUGGGCUGGAACUACGUCUCCACGCUGGCAUCUGAGGGCAACUACGGAGAGAGCGGUGUCGACGCCUUUCUCCAGAUAUCCAGAGAAGCAGGGGGGCUGUGUAUCGCACAGUCCAUAAAGAUUCCCAGAGAGCCCAGACCCGGGGAGUUUGAGAAGAUCAUCAAGAGAUUGAUGGAGACCUCUAAUGCUCGUGGGGUCAUCAUCUUUGCCAACGAGGACGAUAUCAAACGGGUGUUACAGUCUGCCAAAAAGGCCAACUUGACAGGCCACUUCCUGUUUGUUGGCUCCGACAGUUGGGGGGCCAAAAGCUCCCCCAUUCAAGACCAGGAGGACGUGGCUGAGGGUGCUGUCACCAUCCUGCCCAAAAGAGCCUCUAUUGAUGCAGAGCACCGAGAGGGGGAUGGAAGGUAG